AUGUGCCAUACGCGAUUCCUGAUUAUCUUCGUCGUGGUGGUAGUUAUUGAAGCAUACAAAAGCAAGAGAGAUAUUUCCUUUUUCAACGGAGACAUCACGUCUUAUCGCAAACCUCAUUCACAAAAUUUCUUCUUCGAUCAAUUAUUUAUCGAGCAGCAAAAUUCGCCUACUAUAGCAGUGAGAGAUCAAAUUACCAAUCAGCAAACUCUUCACAAUCUGCCCUUGAAAGGUCAUAUUACUUAUCCACCUGCCGAAUUGCCAAUUCAUCGUCACAAACCGUUUGAACAGAAUUCCUUUAGGGUAACGUCAUUUAAGGAUAAACCAUUGUUCAGAGAAGCAAUAUUAGGAAAUCAAAAAUUACGAGGAGAACGAGAGAUUCUCAGAGACAAUCCUUUUAUCGAGCAAUCGUUUACAUCAGAUGAAAUCUUUGACAGACAAGCGUCAACAUAUAAAAGCCAAACGCCGUUUAAAGAACAAUUGUUUAUUGAAAACCCAUUAAAUUUACAUUACGAACAAUUGCCUUCAAGUGAACAAACAUCGUUUCAGAAGCAAACGGCUUUCGCCGAAUAUCCUUCCAUUUCCAAUUCGAUCAAAUUGGAUCAAGAUGAGUCUUACAAUAAAUUGAUCGAUUUGUAUGGCCGACAUAAGAAUAUACAAACUUUGUCCAAUAAAGGGGGAUUUUCGAUGUACACUAAACAUGAUAAUCACGCAUUUGAAUUGUCUUCAAUGCCGACGGUUUCGCCUUUCAAACAUUUUUCUCCAUCGAACAUCGAAAUGCCCCGGACGUUGCCAUCAGCGUCUAUUCAUGGACCUGACUUUUCUAUGUCUCCUAUUCCUUCAAGUGUUGACGAAAUUUAUUCAUCAGAAGCUAUCAAGAUGAAGUUUCGUCCAAUGCCGAUAACGGAGUCGACUAUGUCAUUAUCGGGCAGUAACUGUAAUGCGCCAAUCGACAGCUCGCCAACAACCGUACCAUCAAUCUCAGUUAGCACAAACCAAUCCUCGAUUGUAGGUCAUAUCUUAACGAGUUUAACAACCAAGCCCAGUUCACCUGUCAUGGAUACAACAUCAAUAGCGCCGUUCGUUGAAAACACUGUUGAACCAAUUCAUUUUUACGCUACUAAACAUGGAGCUGUCUUAGCAUCUUCUCUUCCCACCCAGAAUGAGUUAAAAAGCAACAUACAUGCCUUCCUGAACAUGCCGAAGAACAGUUUCAAGAUCAAUGAGAACAAAUUUAAAUUCCCAAUUCCAGAUGCGUCGAAAAACAACAUUAAAACUAAUACUCAAAGUCCUACAUUGGGCUAUUUCUCUGAAGAGUACAAGACCGGGUUGAAGAGUAUUCAGAACUCCUUCGUAAACUACGCGUUGCCCGAGGGAUUUAAAUACGGCUGGCCUUUGCAACAAUUCUCACAACCAGAAAUGUCAAUAGUUCCAUUAUCUCUGAACGGAAACACAAAGUUUGUUCUAUCGAACAUGUCUACCACACCUAUUCCAAUUAUUUCUUGGCCAAUGGAGACUAGCAGCGACUUUGCCCCAAUGAUGCCAUUGAAGCUCACAGUAUCUCACACGGCGAUAAAUAACAAUAUACCGCAAUUACCAAGCGUAAACCUACCUUUGGACUCUAUGACAAGCAUACCAAAUAGUCUGACUCCAAGUAUAUCUAAUACUAUAUCUGGAAGCAUAACUGGUGGCAUAUCAACAGGCAUACCUAGUGGAAUGAUGGCAGACAUGCCUGCGAGCAUACCAACUUUGAACCUCGAACAAAGUUUACAUCGUAUAGAACAAUUACAACAAACUCAAGAGGCAAGAAAUCCCUGGUAUCCCACAGGUAUCUUAGCUAUACGCUAA